CAUGACCAGGAAAUCCUCUAUGUUAUUAAUUUUCCCAUCGACAAGUGAAACUAAAAAAAAUCAGGAACUGAGGAAAAGUGGACUAAUUCGUCAGUAUCUGGGUAAAAUUCCGUCAAGAAAACAGCUGAAAUACUCUCUGAAACAGUUUGUUCAUCACUUCACAUUUGAGGACAUCACAUCCAGAAAGAUCUGGACAGAGGAAUAAGGAGCCCUGAAGUGCAACUGUUUACUAUACCUGACAGGAAAAGGAAUAACUGAGAUAUCACCAUGUUAGUUUAUGGAGAAAAUGUGACUAUAUAUGAUUAUUCACAAUAUUAUGACGAGUCGGAAUUAUUCGCUCCGUGCAACUCCGUGGAUGUGAGGGAUUUUGGCAAGGUGUUUCUGCCCACUCUCUAUAGUUUGGUUUUCAUCCUCGGCUUCAUAGGUAAUGGCUUAGUGGUCUGUGUCCUGGUAAAGUACCGCCACCAGACCAACUUGACAGACAUCUGCCUCUUCAACCUGGCUCUGUCCGACCUGCUCUUCGUCAUCACGCUGCCUUUCUACGCUAACUACGCUGUGGUCAGCCAAUGGCUCUUCGGAGACUUCAUGUGCCAUCUCGCCGCUGCCUCCCACACCACCGGGUUCUUCAGCAGCAUCUUCUUCAUGGUGCUCAUGACGCUGGACUGCUACGUGGUCAUCAUGCACGCUCACACGGUGGUUCAGUACCGCACCCUGCGGGCAGGUGUUGCUCUGACCGUGCUGGUCUGGAUGCUGAGCUUCAGUGUGUCUCUGCCAGCUAUUGUCUUCACAAAGGUGACAAAUGAGUCUCACGGGCAGAGUUGUGACUUUGUCCCGGAAAACGAUGCAUGGAAGCUUUAUAACCUCUUCACUACAAAUCUGCUGGGUCUUGUGAUUCCCUUGCUGGUGAUGGUGGUGAGCUACUCCAGGAUCAUCCCCACUCUGGUGAACAUGAGGAGCACAAAGAAGCACCGAGUUGUCAAACUGAUCAUCUCCAUAGUGGUUGUCUUUUUCCUAUUCUGGGCCCCAUAUAACAUCUCCCUCUUCUUGGGUUUUCUGAAGGAUGAAGAGAAAUUGCAAGGUGACCCAUGCACCCUGGACUCAAAUUUAAAGCUGGCAGUGACAGUGACUGAGGCCUUUGCUUACACUCACUGCUGUCUGAACCCCAUCAUAUACGCCUUUGUGGGACAAAAGUUUAUGAAACGAGCCUUGCGGCUGCUGAAGAGCUGGGUGCCUGGAAUUUACUUUCCCUCCUCCAGAGAUCUGUCAGAUAGUUCAUACAGGAAAAGCUCUUUUAUGUCCAGGUCCUCUGAAGUCACCUCCACUAUCAUCAAGUAAGAGGUGGAGGGCAGCUGUAACAUGUUUGAUGGACAUCACCCGCAGAGUUUGACAUGUUUUCUUCCGGAUAGCUUUGUUAUUACUGCCAUGGUACCCUUGUUCAUGUAGUAUGAUUUUGUCUCACUUGUCACUUCAUCAGCAGGGGCGAUGUAGAGGGGUGGCAUGGGGUGGAACUUAACACAUGAAUUUAGAUUCAUUUUAAAGAUAACAUGUUAAAAACAGAAAACAGAAGUAAUAGGCUUAAAUGUCCACGUGUGACAUUUAGGAGGCUCUUUAGGUGGCAGAAAUGGAAUAUGAUAUUCAUAGGUAUGUUUUUUAUUAGUGUUUAAUCACCUGAAUAUAGGGAUUGCUAUGUUUCUGUUUAUAUUUGGAUGCCAUGGGUCGCCUUUCUGAUGUUUUGAUGAUCUGAUGAUUUCUGACCUUAAAUUUAUAUAAUAAAAAAAGAUGUUGUAUAGACUAUAUAAGAGUGUUUAACAGAAUUCUAUUGUAAAUAUUUAUUUGCUUUCUUAAAAUACUUUUAUGGGCUUUUGUUGCCUUUAAUCGAUAGUGACAGCUGUAGAGUGACAGGAAAGGGGUGCAAGGGGCCACAGGUCAGAGUCGAACCCAUGGCUGCUGUAGCAAGGACUCAGCCUAGGUACCAGGAUUCCCCGUGGGUCGCCUUUCAUGGAGGCUGUCAUGUUGCCAUGAGGCUGCUGCCAUGUUUCUACAGUAGCCCAGAAGGGCCAAAGUAAACUAGCUUUCGAUAGGCCCGUUCACACGCUUCACAGCCACCAUAGUUUCUUCUUCGCUAUAAAAAGGGGAGGGCGAAGCGACGGGGUUGCAAUCUACAAUUACGCCACGAAUGCUCUAAAGUUAAGUUCAGUGUAUUUGGAAAAGCUUUGGAAAUAAAACCAUUUAUUGAGUUUUAAUGCCACCUUUAGAUUUGCCAUUUUUUAUAUUAUUGUUAUGUUUUUUAGUUAAAAUAGCUUUUCAAAGCAAAUAUUGAUAUUUGGGAUUGUAUUUCUGCCACCCCUUAAAGUCUCCAUGCCACCCUCUGGCCACCCCAUGAAUAUUUCUCUAGAUCCAUCCCUGUUCAUCACCUUACAAUGCUUCUUGUACUGUAUCUGUGCAUAUUAUUAUCUGUAGACCAGUUUGAUUUCAUUUGCACUUUGAAUUUGCACUGGAAUAUUAGUGUGAUCUAUCUGAUCUCCUUCAUCAUCUUGUAUGAUCUCAGGUAUUUUUUUAAUGCAGUGCUCCUUAUUUUCCUGCUGACACUGGAGGAAACUUAGUGCCACUGCAAAUUGCACCUCUUGACUGAAACUAUGUUCUCGUUUGUAACAGCAUGUAACCACAAAGUUUGUUGUGCUUGCUGUGUUUAAAAUGUUCCUGCUUUGUUUUUUUCUGUUCACACAUUUAGUGAUAAGCCUGCACGUUGGUAAAAAAACAUUCAUACUUUGUGGAAAAGCUACCAUUUUUUAAAGAGGCAAAAUACUCAUAUGGAAUUGUUUUGUUCACUUUGUUGGUGGAAAAAGUUAUUCAUUCAAACAUUUGAUGAUGAAUCGAGCUACAAAGAUAAAACUCAAAACAGGGUUAUGUGGCACCUUUUGCACCUUAAAACGUCAUACAUACCUGAAACUUUCCAUACAAUUUCUUGAUGUUGUUUUAUGCCUCACAUUUCAGUCCUUCCAGGAUUUCGUGGCCUGUUGGUGAUUGUUGCUGCCUAAAAUGCCGGAUUUUCAUGGCAGCUUUUCUAUAAAAGAAAUUGCAAUGCAUGUUGCAAUGUACAAUUGCAACAUGCAAGGUGAUUUUUUUUUGUAUAAUUCAUUAAAAUCAAAGGCAGUUUGUUCCAAUAAGAAUAAAAUCACUAGAAGUUUAGUGACAAAUGGCUCAACAUUUGCUAUGAUUGGUGAAACUCGCCGGACAUUUGUAUAUAGAUACUGUAUAUUGCAUAUUUGCAUUUUUGUAGUGUUUUAUACUGAAUACCUUCUUUUUUGUUAAUGUGUCAUGUUAUGAUUGGUUUUGUUUACAAAUAGAGAUUAAUAAAGUUUUUUUUUGUUUUUA